GUUAAUCCUGUGUUGGUUAUUUUCUAUUUGAAAUCUCUCGGCCGCUCUUCUGUGCAGUAAUAUAAUGUGCAUUGUGCAUUCCUUUAAACAUAGCCACAUUUCCAGUGAGCUAUUAUUACGUAUGGUUCGCAUCCUUUUUUGUUUCUUUUUUCAAUUCGUAUUCAUUUGCUGAGUGGUUAUGAUACAAAAUUUUGGCGAGGUGAACCUCCAGAAAUGGGACUUGUAUAGAAUGUUAGGGCACAGUUUAUGGACUCUUUCUGCAUUUUAAGUUUUUUCCCUAUACGUCCAGAUUUUUUUUUUAAAUGGACUUUUUGGAAAAAUCGAGAGUUUUGAUAGUUAUCAAGAGCAAUCAAUACUCCAUGUAUAAAAUUUAAAUACCUCAUAAAAAAUAACAAUAAACAACAACAGACAUUUCAAAAAUUUCAGUUAACACGUGUAUUUUUUAAAAGAUUUCACACAACAACUGAUUCAAACUUAUAUACUGAGUGAACGAUUUCUUUUGUGAAAAUCCCACCAAAAAAUGGAUAAAAUUGAUGAAAAAUCUUUUCCAAGCGGUGAAGAUGAGCAACGUAUGUUCUUCGAAAGACAACGAGAAUUCAGUUUCAAACUACUGGAAACGAUGAACAAAUGCAAAAAAAGGGACAAUUUAAUCUUAUCAUCUUACAGCAUUGAUCGUGUUCUGUUAAUGACUUAUUUUGAUGCCUCCAAUAAAACAAAAAGAAGCUUAGAAAAACUUCUGUAUUUGAAGAAUGUCGACAAAGAAACAGUAGCUCGUUCAUUUCGUUCAAAACCAAACGAUGAUCAACAUGUUGAAUUUGUCUGUGCCGAUAAAAGUUUUGUGUCCAAUAAUAUCGAGUUGAAUGGACCAAUUAAAAAUUUGUUCAAAGAAGAUGUAGGAGCAUACAUUGAAAGGAUGGACUUUAUAAACCCUGAAAAUAGUCGCAUUGCUAUCAAUAACUUUAUCGAAAAUACCACCAAACACGAAAUUAAAAAUAUGAUAGAGCCUGGAAUAAUUAAUCAAUCUAGUGCCAUGGUUCUGGUGAAUGCCGCUUACUUCAAGGCUUUUUGGAUGCAACCAUUCGCCCCGCACAAAACUAAAACGGAAGUAUUUCAUGGACUUAAAGAUACUAUGGUUGAUAUGAUGCACAAAGGAUGCUCGUAUGCCCAUUACACUGUAAACUAUAGUAUGCAGUUUAAAGCACUUCGAUUAGCAUUUCAUGAUAGCGGUGAUUUUUCUAUGUACUAUUUCCUGCCAUUCACAAUAAUCAGCAACAUUGAUAUUUUUUUGAGUCGAUUUUCGCGAGAAAACUUUGAUAAGACAGAAGAGAAAUUAAAUAAUAUGGAAUAUGUUGAUAUUAAACUCCCGAAAAUGUCAUUCGAACAAUCAUUUGAUAUGAUAGAGAUCUUGAAAAAAAUGGGUGUCAAACAUUUUUUUUGCGGUGAUCCAACGGAUUUUUCCGAUUUCACGACAAGUGAUUUGGGAGUCGAUAGCGCAUUUCAUAGUGCCAAAAUUGAAGUUAAUGAGAACGGAACAACGGCGGCAGCAAGUACUGUACAAUUACUUUUCCAUUACUGCAAAAAUCCUAUCAAUUCUUUUUUUGUGAUUAUCCCCUUAGGUACCAUAAUGAUCAAACGGCUUAGGUCGUAUACAAGCAAUCCUCCUACAUUUCAUUGCAAUCUACCAUUCGUAUUUGUAAUUCAUGAUAAACAAAGAAAUGCCAUUUUGUUCAGCGGAAUUUACCGUGGCCCAAAUUGAAUCAGUUUGAUGGUGAGUUAUAUUCCAGCUACUUGAGGACAUUAAACGGUUUAAAUUUUAAUCCGAACAAUUCUGUUUGUCCAAUUGUUCAUUCAAC